AUGGGAUCGAUAAGUGAUGAGCAAGCAGAUGACAAUACAUCUCAAUCACCGCCAAAUCUUGGAGUACCGGCUACUUCUAGGAAGAACAUACUAUCACCUAGUAUAAGUGUUGAUUCUACUAUAUCAAAUGGUUCAACACCAAUCAGAAAGCAUAGAUUUGAUGACAGAGCGCAGACCUGGAUAAGUUUGGCAUUAAGAUCACACAAGCAUGAAUUCUCGAGGGACCUGUCUCCAUUUGAUUUAACGAAUUCAAUUAUAUCGGACGAUUCACAAGACAUGCUCAAAUUAACAGAGACACCUAAAAUUACAGAAAUAAUCAAUUCACCUAGUUUUAGAGCUACAUAUGGAUUGGUUGAGUGCAUAGAGCCGUCGAAUAUUUAUAUUGCUGUUGGAACAGAAAAGGGGUUUAUCGUGGGGUUUAACUACCACCAAGGGGUGGAGUAUAUAUUGACUACAGAGGAGGAACGGAAGGAUAAUAAGGAACAAUUUGAAGGAGGAUCCGUGAGCGCAAUUUCGUUUUCAUCUGAUUCUCUGUAUUUAGUGGCCGGUUAUUCUCGUGGGGCAAUCAUUACCUGGAACUUGUCAUCAACAUCUACUACGUCUGCUGGCUGCAUUAAGCCUUAUUAUAUUAUAGAGCCCACUACUUUGGAAAACAGAUUCACACGAAAUGUUCAAGGCCAUUUGCAUAAUAAUCGAAUAAAUAGUGUUUGCUUUAUUGGCUCUCUGCGUUCUCAGUUAAUUUCUUCUGAUGUUUCUGGAUUAGUGUUUUACCAUCAUGGCUUCAAAAAGUUCAUGAAGAAGUAUUUUCAAACGCAAAAGAUUCUUGGGAGAAAUGAUGCCAAUAUCGUUGACAAUGGUGGAAGAUAUAUCAUAUAUGGUUGCGAAAUGCUUCCUUUGGGAUCUGCUCAUCAAAUAACCGAUUACUUGGGGUUGAUUGCUGUAAUGACUGGGAAUGUUUUGGCAAUAGUAUCUGUAUUAUCAUUAAAUAAUCCAAGUAUGAUUAAUAUGAGAGUACAUUUUAAGAUAGGGAGAACAAAACAUUCCAAUAAAACAGGCACACUGGAAGGAUGUUUAAGUUGGUAUCCAUGUAUGAAAAAUGAAAACAAUAAACUACAAAAUGCUAAGUUAGCAUAUGCUUGGAAUAACAUUGUAACGAUUUUGGAAGUAGAUAAUAAUUCGCUUCCAGAAAAUUUAAUCCACAUAAUUGCCGAUUUGAAGGACAAAGAUAAAGCAAUUCCCGUUUUACCAAUUCAAAAAACAUGCAAGUGGAUAUCGUCUAAUAAAUCGAAUUCAAUUGUUUCUCUUAAAUGGAUUUCUAAUAACAUCUUGUUUGCUUACAUCCAAGAACCUUUGAAUUCUGAAUUGACUUUAACCGCAUUGCAUUAUACAUUUGACAAAGGAAAAAGACGUUUAGUGCGUGUUGGUCAGAAUAGUUUAAGAGGAUUACAAAUAGCAUCCAGCAAGGUCUCGAUCGAAUCAAAUAAUAGGGAUACACACUCUACAAGGAAACAAAAUUGCAUCAACUUAUUCAAUAAUUCUAUAAAAGCAUUUAAGAAUAGAUUGUUGGUAUUGGUGGAUGAUGAUACCAAUAAGAAAUUAUUUAUCGGACGACUGAUAAGCUGGGCUGAUAAACUACUUGGUUUAUUAGCGCUGCGAGAGUAUUCAAAAGCACUUUCAACUGCGAAUGACUUUUAUAAUUCCAAGAAUAAUGGUCAACUUGUUUUGGCUGAUUUACCAGAGAACCAGGAGUUAAGACGCGAGAUGUUGAAGCCAUAUUUGGUGAAUAUUAUGAAAGAGUCGAUUAAUAAUAUAUUUGGUGCUGAAGGUUCUGAUUAUGGAUUUCAUCUCGCAACUUAUUUGGAUAUUGUUUCUUAUCUAUAUAAGUACGACGAGAGUCUAUCUGAUGAAUUGUACUUUAUUUUGGAGACAGUUUUUGAGGUACUAAACAACCAGUUUUUAUUUUUUGAUACAAUUGAAUCUUACAUCUUAUCUGGAAAAAUAAUGACAUUACCACCAUUAAUUUUAAAAAAGUUGAUUGAAUAUUAUACACUAAACGAGAAAGGUGAAUUGCUCACAGAGAUGAUAUGCAUAUUGGACGUGAAAACAUUGGAUAUUGAUUUAGCGAUCCAAUUAUGCAAAAAAUAUAAAUUACGGGACUGCCUAAUAUACAUAUGGAAUUUUAUAUUAGGCGAUUACGCAACUCCAUUUGCUGACUUCAUUAAAGAUAUAUGUAACUUAGAUGUUGAUGUCGAUAAUGAUAAUGAAGACUGCUUAAAAGUGUUUUCUUAUAUGUCGUAUAUUUUGACAGGAAGACAAUACCCAACUGAGAAAUUUAUAGAUGUCUCUCAAGAGAAUCCAGCCAAAAAGAGUAUUUAUAAACUUUUAUUCAGUGCUACACUGAUAAGAUAUCCAAAUGAUGAUUCGGAUAUCUUAGUUGCUGGUAGUGAAGAGACGAUUUUUCCAUAUCUAUAUUCCUUAUUGCAAUUUAAUUCUUUCGAAACGCUUUCCACCAUAAAUGAGUUUUUUGAGGACUCUAUUUUAAAUGAUGAUAACAAUUCACAUCUAACUAGACAGUACAUCAUUGAAGCGUUGUUUGAUAUUUACGAAGUGAAUGAAACCACUUUCACUGAUUUUGAUCGCUGCCAACUAGCAAUCUUUGUGGCUAGAAAUUAUCCAAAAUAUUCCCAAUUUAUAAGGCUAUCCGAGUCCGUAUUGAGUAGCAUUAUUGAUGAUUUAUGCACAGUUACCAACCAGGAUAUAAAAUAUGAUUGUGAACUAGCAUUGCAAAGUUUGUUGCCUUUAUAUGAACCCGAUGGAGAAUUAUUUCUAUUGGACAAACUUAAAUCGGCUAGAUUCUACAGUGUUUUAAUCAGUAUCUAUAGGUCAAAAGGUAAGUACUCCAAUGUCUUGAAAACAUGGUUGGAAAAAUCUCAACAGGAGUCAACGGAAAAUGAUACAUUAAGUGGAAUUCUUGAAGAAGCGUUCAUAUAUACUAAGUCUCAUGCAGAUAAAAUAGAUCUUGUCACCUUUAUUAAAAGAAAUUUUCAACAGAUCUUGAUCGUUAAUAUUCCAGAUUUUGUUACUUUGAUAAACAAAUAUUAUCCUUCAUUGCAUUCAGAGGCACUAACGAUUAAUAGUGAUCAAUACUUUUAUGAAUACAUGUACGUCUUACUAGACAUUGUCGAUUUGAAGUCUAUCAAUAUCGAAAACAUGCCCCAAAUAGUUGGAAGAUAUAUGAAAGUUCUAUGUGACUACAAUCCAAGCAAAUUAUAUUCAUUUGUCGAAACAGCUAAUUUAAUAUUGGCUAGAGAUACAAAUGAAUUUGAACUGGUUAAAAAAACCUUUCAGCAAAAAGGUCUCAUAGAGCUGUUGACAAUUCUAUUGAUCUCGCAGCUGAAAUACGAAGAGUCAUUAAACGUGCUACUCCAAAGCAUGGAUCGUCUUAUAGAUUCCGCCAUUUCUAACCAAAAAAAGGAAGAUCUAUUGUCCAAGUUUGCAAAUUGUUUGGGAAGAGCUAUGGAUAUCUGUGAAAUUGAAGACACAUACGUUGAACAUGAUGGCGAUAUGUACCUCAAUGAAAGAUUGUGGCUAACGUUAAUAGAAAAUUGCGUCAAGAUGUCCAAUAUUGCGGCUACUAAAAGAUUAAAAUCUAAAAAUAAUGAAUACCAAAAUGUGUCCGAGUUCUUAGACAGAUGUAUACAUGACUGUUUCAAGAGAAUAAGUGAAUCCAAGCUUAAUCCAAAUGUAAGUGAGAACGAGAAGAAAGAAAAAUCGUUCCUCGUUAUCUUCAAUCGAUUUUUGGAAAAUUCUACCAAGGACUCUAAAAUGACUACCAUAUCCAAUAUACGGGAUAUAUUAAGGGAAGUGUUCAUAUCAUAUUCGUAUGAAAACGAAAUAUUGCUGAUUUCCUUGAAAAUGUUGAAUGAGAGUAUUGGUGAAAGUUUAGAUUUGAUUAAACUAGAUAACCUAAAGGCUUGGACAAUCAAGUCCAAAUGGUGUACUUCGUGUGGUAAAACAAUGUGGGGUCCUGAUGUUCCCAAGGAGCAUUUUAUGGCUUGGGAGGAUCGCCAGCGAGAAGCAUUGAUUCUAGCCCAGGGGCUUGGGAACACUGUGAUUGGUGCGCCAUUUAACGAUAAAAAAUACCAUAAUUGUGAAUUAAUCUUUUUCAAGUGUAAUCAUGGAUACCACAUGUCAUGCUUGGAAAACUUAGGUAGCAAGAGAUCAAAGUCUUGCGUUCUUUGUCUACAAUAA